AUGAUGGCAGCAUCAAAUAAGAAAUCAUCAACAUCACAUGAUGCUAGUACAGAUACUGAUGAUGAUAUACGAUAUGAUUCUGAUUCUCCAAAAGAUGAAGCCAAUAACCCUAAUGACAUAUCAUCCUCAACAAAUUUAUCUUCGAAACAUCGAGGCACCAAACGUUUAAGUAAUAAAAUGAAACCUUGUCUUGUACAUAGAACGUCAACAAGUGAUGAAGAAUUACAAAAUCAUUUUAUAGCACGCAUCAAUGAACAGCCAACACAUGGCAUCCUCAAAGUUCCUAGUGGCUCAACAAGUCCUGAAUUACAAAUUCCACAGCAUCCUAUGNGGUAUUACACUCUAUUUAACUCUUCAAAUCAUAAAUCGCAUCGAUUACAUAUAAAGCGCACGCUUAAAUACUCAACCAUUUGA